GAGAACAUCUGCACUUUUGUCAAGAAUGAACUGAAGAAGUUCCACCAGGUUCUGAGUACAGAUUACCCAGAAUGCUUAGAGAGUCUGAAGGAUGAGGAUGAAGAGCAGAGGAGGAGCUCAGAGGCUUUUCUGAAGAUCACAGUGAACUUCCUGAGGAGGAUGAAGCAGGAGGAGCUGGCUGAGCACUGAUGGUUUUAUCUGUGUCUGCAUUCAGGAAGUCAGGCUGGAGUUCAGCAGAAACUGAAACGUAACCUGCAGCAGAAGUUUGAGUGUGUGUUUGAGGGCAUUGCUGAAGCAGGAAACCCCAAAACCCUCCUGAACCAGAUCUACACAGAGCUCUACAUCACAGAGGGAGGGGCUACAGAGGUCAACCAGGACCAUGAGGUCAGACAGAUUGAAACAGCAUCCAGGAAACCACACAGACAACCAACAACCAUCACAUGUGAAGACAUCUUUAGAAGACCACCUGACAGAGAUCAACGAAUUAGAACGGUGCUGACAAAGGGCGUGGCCGGCAUCGGGAAAACAGUCUUAACACAGAAGUUCAGUCUGGACUGGGCUGAAGACAAAGCCAACCAGGACAUCCACUUCAUAUUUCCAUUCACCUUCAGAGAGCUGAAUGUGCUGAAACAGAAGAAGUUCAGCUUGGUGGAACUGGUUCAUCAAUUCUUCACUGAAACCAAAGAAGCAGGAAUCUGGAUCUUUGAAGACUUCCAGGUGGCGUUCAUCUUAGAUGGUCUGGAUGAGUGUCGACCUCCUCUGGACUUCAACAACACUCAGAUCCUGACUGAUGUGACAGAGUCCACCUCAGUGGAUGUGCUGCUGAUGAACCUCAUCAGGGGGAACCUGCUUCCCUCUGCUCGCCUCUGGAUAACCACACGACCUGCAGCGGCCAAUCAGAUCCCUGCUCAGUGGGUCGACAUGGUGACAGAGGUCAGAGGGUUCACUGACCCCCAGAAGGAGGAGUACUUCAAGAAGAGGUUCACAGAUGAAGAACAGACUAACACAAUCAUCUCCCACAUCAAGACGUCACGAAGCGUCCACAUCAUGUGUCACAUCCCAGUCUUCUGCUGGAUCACUGCUACAGUUCUGGAGGACGUGUUGAAGACCACAGACAGAAGACAACUGCCCAAGACCCUGACUCAGAUGUACAUCCACUUCCUGGUGGUUCAGGCCAAAGUCAAGAACAUCAAGUAUGAUGGAAGAUCUGACACAGAUCCACACUGGAGUCCAGAGACCAGGAAGAUGAUUGAGUCUCUGGGAAAACUGGCCUUUGAGCAGCUGAAGAAAGGAAACCUGAUCUUCUAUGAAUCCGACCUGACAGAGUGUGGCAUCGAUAUCAGUUCAGCCUCAGUGUACUCAGGAGUGUUCACACAGGUCUUUAUAGAGGAGCGAGGACUGUACCAGGACAAGAGGUUCUGCUUCAUCCAUCUGAGUGUCCAGGAGUUUCUGGCUGCUCUUCAUGUCCAUCAGACCUUCACCAACACUGGAGUCAAUCUGCUGUCAGAAGAACAAACCACAUCCCAGAGGUCUGGAUCUGCACAGACACAGUUCUACCAGACCGCUGUGGACCAGGCCUUACAGAGCCCAAAUGGACACCUGGACCUGUUCCUCCGCUUCCUUCUGGGUCUAUCACUGCCGACCAAUGAGAGGCUUCUACAAGGUCUGCUGACACAGACAGGAAGUAGCUCAGAGACCAAUCAGGAAACAGCUAAGUACAUCAAGGAGAAGAUCAGUGAGAAUGUGUCUGCAGAGAGAAGCAUCAACCUGUUCCACUGUCUGAAUGAACUGGAGGAUGGAUCUCUGGUGGAUCAGAUCCAACAGAACUUGAGAUCAGGACGUCUGUCCACAGAACAACUGUCUCCUGCUCAGUGGUCAGCUCUGGCCUUCAUCUUACUGUCAUCAGAAAAAGACCUGGAUGUGUUUGACCUGAACAAAUAUUCUGCUUCAGAGGAGGUUCUUCUGAGGCUGCUGCCAAUGGUUAAAGCCUCCAACAAAACUCUACUGAGUGGCUGUAACCUGUCAGACAGAGGCUGUGAAGGUCUGUCCUCAGUCCUCAGGUCCCAGUCCUCUAGUCUCAGACAUGUGGAUCUCAGUAACAACGACCUGAAGGAUUCAGGAGUGAAGAUACUGUCAGAUGGACUGAAGAGUCCAGGAUGCAGACUGGAGACCCUCAGACUGUCAGGAUGUCUGAUCACAGAAGAAGGAUGCUCUUCUCUGGUCUCAGCCCUAAAGUCCAAUCCAUCCCAUCUCAGACUGUUGGACGUGAGCUACAACCAUCCAGGAGACUCAGGACAGGAGCUGUCUGCUCUACUGGAGGAUCCACACUGGACACUGGACACUCUCAGGUUGGAGCCUGGUGGAGUCCGAUGGUUGAAACCAGGUCUGGGUCCGAGGAAGUAUUUUUGUGAACUCACCCUGGAUCUAAACACAGCGAACGAAGAACUCAAACUGUCUGAAAACAACAAGAAGGUGGAAUAUGUGAAUGAGGCUCAGUCAUAUCCUAAUCAUCAGGACAGAUUUGAGUGCCUUCCUCAGUUGAUGUGUUCAACUGGUCUGACUGGUCGCUGUUACUGGGAGGUGGAGUGGAGUGGAUGUGUUUGGAUAACAGUGACUUACAGAGGAAUCAGAAGGAAAGGAGACAGUACAGACAGUCAGUUUGGAUUCAAUGAUCAGUCCUGGAGUCUGAGGUGUCAUAAUGGGGGUUACGGGGUCAGUCAUAAUGACAAAUACACAGUCCUUGGUCAGUUCUCCUCCUCUUCCUCCUCCUCCUCCAGGAGAGUAUCAGUGUAUGUGGACUGUCCUGCUGGAUCUGUGUCCUUCUACAGAGUCUCCUCUGACAAACUGAUCCACCUCCACACCUUCAACACCACAUUCACUGAACCAGUGUUUGGAGGAUUUAGACUCUGUCAAUACAAGUCCUCAGUGUCUCUGUGUGAUGUGUAGCUGUGUUUAUGUAGUUAUGUUUGUGUAGUUGUGUUUCUGUACUUGUGUUCACUCAUCCACUGACUCCCAGAUAUGAACUGAACAGGAAUGAGAAUCUUUAUCAUUCGUCACAUUAAAGCUUUUCUGUACAAUCUUGUAUUUCUACACUUUUUUCUUUUGUAAUCUUCAAAUGCUCCUAAUAAGCGUGUGUCAAACCAAAUAUUAAAAGAAUCCUUCAGGUUUUGAAACUCAAAAAUGUGUAAUUCUUAUAUAUUUGAUAAAAGUCUGACCAAUCAUUUUAUUGUGUCCAAAUAAAAUGAUUGGCUGAGC